AUGCAAAAUACUUUCAUUGUAAGAUCAUCAACCUUCCCCCAAAGUCUACAGUGUUCGACAUCUGGACUUACUUGUCUUGUAUUAUCAACCAAGUUAACCCUUCUUCUCUGGUCUCAGUCCAUCCACCUGCAAUUACGUGCCCGGUUCACCUCACCAGACCUGCCUGUUGAUAGGCCGACCGGGUUUCCCUUGAUCCGACCGGGCUCGAAUCCGGCGUCACGAACAACCAAGUCGGACAAACUCCUCGGCUCAGCCCCCUCUCCCAGAGUCAUCGGUAUCGUAGGCCUGGCCACAGCGCUACCGCCAUUAGCAUUGUCUGAGCUUGUGCUGCAGGAACACGAUAUUGUACUCCACCUGGCCUAUGAUUUGCUUAUUGAGGAAGUGGAACUACCAACCAGGUUGGCUCUGAGUUGCUCUUCUAAAUUAUUCAUUCGCUUCUUCAUUAAUUAUGAGUGA